CAGUAGUGUCACAUGUGGUACACGAAUGUGACGUCAUUAUCGACGAAGAAGAAAUCCCCGAAAUGAGGAAUAAACAUAAACAGAUUUGAUAGAACUUGAGCAACGCAAACAUGUCGAUUGUCUUCGUUCCGAAGAAAUUGAGAGGAAAAGCGAAAGUCAAUCAAGAAACGAUACAGAGGUUGCUUGAUGAAAACGACCAGCUCGUGCGAUGCAUCACAGAGUACAUGCAGAAAGGACGAGCGGUGGAGUGCGUCCAGUACCAACAAAUCCUUCACCGCAACCUCGUCUACCUGGCAACCAUAGCAGAUGCCAGUCCUGAUGGGAUGACCCCAGCCUCCAAUGCUACCUUCAGCGACGCCUCCACACCUUCUGUCAAUGGCUGUGCAGGGACGCAGUGAUCUGCCAUUGGAAAUGUAUCGAUUUAAUUAAGUAUUUAUGAGGAAAACAUGCAACUAUAAAUGUUUUUUUCUUGUGUAAUUGUCUGGUUCUGGUGGCUUUUGACUAAAAUGUGUUUCUAGAUGUUUAAAGCUGUUGGGAGAGAGACUAAGGACCAAAUAAACAGUCUUUAGAAUUGC